AUGUAUUUAAAUCAACAAAAUAUAUUUUCUCUUUCUAAUAUUCGUGGUGUGAAUAAACGGAGAAAAGAUCCAUUUAAUAUUAAUCGAGAAUUUAAAAAGAAAUAUUUAGGACUAAAAUGUCCACAUGCACAAUUUACAUUGGUAAAAUCAAAAAUAAUACUUGGAUCAUUGAAUGAAUUACCAUUAACAAAUGAAUAUUUAAAUACACUAAUAACAAUAAAUGGGAAAAUAGAGAAAUUCCAAGAAGUACUUGAAAGAAGAUGA